AUGGCCCCUCCCACCGUCUCCAUCAUCGGCAAGGACGGAAAGCCCUCGGGCGCUUCCCACCCUCUGCCCACCGUCUUCGGUGCUCCCAUCCGUCCUGAUGUCGUGAACAGCGUUCACACUGGCAUGGCCAAGAACAAGCGCCAGCCCUACUCCGUCAGCGAGAAGGCCGGUCACCAGACCAGUGCUGAGUCCUGGGGUACCGGUCGUGCUGUUGCACGUAUCCCACGUGUCUCAGGAGGAGGAACUCACCGCGCAGGUCAAGCUGCGUUCGGUAACAUGUGUCGCUCUGGCCGCAUGUUUGCGCCGACCAAGAUUUGGCGAAAAUGGCACGUGAAGAUCCCUCAGGGACAGCGACGAUUCGCUACCACCUCCGCCAUUGCCGCCUCGGCUGUGGCCCCUCUCCUCCUCGCCCGCGGUCACCAGAUCUCCGGCGUCACUGAGGUCCCCUUGGUCAUUGACUCGGCUGUCUUCGAGGGUGCUGGUGCCGCCAAGACCAGCGCUGCUUUCAAGAUCCUCACCGCUUCCGGUGCUGGUGCCGACGUUCUGAAGGCCAAGCAGUCCAAGAAGCUCCGUGCUGGCAAGGGCAAGCUCCGAGGUCGCCGCCACCGCCAGCGCCGUGGCCCUCUCGUCGUCUACGACCCCAACGUUGAUGGCAAGGACCUCGUCAAGGGUUUCCGCAACCUGCCCGGCUGUGAGACUUGCGAUGUCUACGCCCUGAACCUCCUCCAGCUCGCCCCUGGUGGUCACCUUGGCCGCUUCGUUGUCUGGUCUUCCGCCGCCUUCAAGGCCCUCGACACCAUCUACGGCACCACCACCAAGCCCUCCGAGCUCAAGAAGGACUUCCUCCUCCCCUCCAACGUUGUCUCGCAGUCCGACCUCACCCGUCUGAUCAACAGCUCCGAAAUCCAGAGCGUUCUGCGUGCCACCAAGGGCACUGCUCUGACCAAGCGCGCCAGCGUCCAGAAGAAGAACCCUCUCAAGAACAAGCAGGUCAUGCUCCGCCUCAACCCUUACCACUCGACCUUCGUCAAGGAGAACAUGGGUCAGCAGAAGGCUGAGGCUGGCAAGCCCAAGCCCACCCCCAAGGACUUCUUGGAGACUGUCCACGAGUCUUAA